AUGACCGAGAAGGGCUACGAGGGCGACCAGCUGUCACCAUCCUGGGAUAUUGCUGGUCCAUCGUCUCUGGCAGCCAUCCUGGAUACUAUGUUUACAUCUACAACUUCUGACAGUCACCAGAGAAAUGAACAAAUGGAAUGCGAUGCAUUAUUUGCAGACAGUGACGAUGAAGUAGAAGUGCUCCCAACAACAUCAGAACAACGGGAAAACUCUGCCGCGUCAGAAAUUAAUUCAGCUGGAACACCUAAGCCGGUAUCAUCAAAUUAUGUGAACUCAACCACCCCCAACCAACCAUAUGAAGUGAAUCUAUCUUCUCUCUCACACCCUGCAGACUCACACACUCCUGUCCCUGAAGAGUACCAACCCUUACCUGACAGCUCUAGCUCACUCGACUACUCCUUUCGUAGUAAUACGGACAGCACUGACAAUGGUGGCCAGAGAAGACUCCCCGAAAUAAACAUUCGCUACCAGCCAAAACCUCACUCACUUAACCAGCAAGGUUAUUAUUUCCCAAAUUAUGCUCAUUAUCCAGGCAUUCAGCCAAGGGAGUAUGGCGUGCCAUACCAUAACAACGUAAUUGUUCUCAGUGAUGGUAGAAAUUUCUUACCACCUCCAUUGCCAUUUUCGAAUGGUCUUUCUGUGCCUGAAAAUCUUUCAGAAUAUGACUAUUUAAACCGAAUGUCAAAUGUUUACAAUCAAAGACCUGCACAAGGGGUUAAUGGAAAUCCAGCAAGUAGUUUAGAACGUCCUAGUCGCAAACUCAACAUCUCUCCUCGAAGACGCCACUCGAAAGAGAAUGAAGUACCUAAUCUAAUAGAAGUUAGCUCUGAAGAAGAAGAUAAUGUAUCUGUGCCAAGAAAGAGACAGCGGGAAAAUUCGGCCUUCAACCAGUAUUCGAGUAUACAUGGGAGUAGUGCUGGAAAUGGAAGUGGCAAUCAGUCUGCGGAUGCAGCUAGAGUGGAGGUAAAGGGUGAACCUGGCAAUCCUGUUAGGCAAGCGAGUGUUACUAUACGUAAUGCAGCUAAUCUACUACUGCAGACUAUAGAACGACAACAAAAUAGUCAGAACCACAACAUGGAACCACAAAAUAUGUCUACAGUGAAGACGCAAAUAAAACAAGAAAAUACAGGUAGUGGAUCUCGUAGUGAUUGUACAUGCGCAGUGAAUUUACAAAGUAACUCACAGCCUACUCAGAAUCAUAGCAACAAUUGUCACAGUCCUAAUCACAACACGCAAAAUGGAUCUCAAUCAAGCAGGACGAAUAAUCCGAGUUCUAGUGGCGAGACGUCGGCGUCGGGACUGCUUGUAAAAGUGAAGGAAGAACCUGGGACGCAGCAGCCGGUAGUAAAGCAGGAGCCAAUAAAAGAGGAGAAUAUACCGUCAGUGAGCGUAAUUAAAACGGAAGCAACAGAGCCGGUGCAAGUUAAAACAGAACCAAGCACAUCUAGUGUCCCUGUCCCUGAUAACGUUGAGGUGAAGACCGAACCUGACAAUUCAACACGAUGUUGCAAAGCGGACGGUGGCGGCGACCGCAGGCCGCAGGAAUCAUCUCCUCAACCUGGACCCAGUUCAGGAAGGCAGACUGAUAACAGGCCUACAAUUAAUCAGCUGCUGUCACCAGAACCACCACGAGAGAGAGGCAAUUUACUGUUGGCCCCGGACCUACAACUGGAUUGGGUCUCAGAUUCCAGCUCUGACGAUGGUGUUAUGCUAGUAGGAGACGACUCCAUUGGGCAACAUGAGGUAAUAGACUUGACGGGUUCGCCGGGCCGGGCUAACUACACGCAGGGCUACGAGCGGGCGCCAGGCGAGCCUGCCUCGGGCGUCUGGACCUCCACCACGCGGCCUCUACUAGGUGUAUCGCGCCGCAGUAGCUAUGCACCACAUCUCAACGAACUGCCACCACAUGCGCACCUUGUGCGGACUAGGGUGCGAGUGGGUGCCUGUGGAGGCUGCCGGCGAUGUUGCUGCGGACAUGCGGGCUGUGCAUGUUGCGGCGCACCGCCACACCCGCCGCACCACGCGCACCAACCGCCCCGCGCACACCCACGCAGCACCACCACCACGCCCCGCCCGCACACAUGGGGGAGCGUCGCCGGGAUGGCCUGUCUGUCGUCCCACCGUACCCCGUCCACGAGAGGCUCUGGCAGCGACAGCAUCACACGAUGGAGCUGCAACGUCGCAGUAUGA